AUGGGUCAAGGUCAAUUUGUGAAAUCUGGGCAAGCAGGACAAUUUAAUAGACCACUGCAACAACAAUCACAAUGGCAACAAAUAUCUGCAUUAUCUGACAGAACUUCAAAGCUUGAAGAAACUUUUCAACAAUUUAUGCAGGUAACUAUCUUCAAGCAUAAGAGCACUGAAGCUGCUAUAAGGAAUUUGGAGAUGCAGGUGAGCCAACUGGCUAAGAAGUUGGAGGAUAAAGUUGAGAAGCAAUUUGGGGCUAAUAUUGAGGUUAACCCUAAGGAAGAAUGCAAAUCUAUUGAGUGUGAAAAAAUUGAUAAAGAAAAGCAAUAUGAGCGUUUUAAGGAGAUCUUCAAGCAAUUGGAGAUUAUUGUGCCCUUGACCGAAGCACUACAGCAAAUUCCUACUUAUGCGAAGCACUUGAAGAAAGUCCUCAAAAAGAAGAGAUAUUUAGAUGAGGAAACUAUUGAUGUACAGGGCAAUUGCAGUUUUAUCUUGCAGAAGACACUUCCUCCAAAAGUUAAAGAUCCAGAAAGUUUUAAUAUUCCUUGCGUCAUAGGGAAUGUUGAGAUAGGGAAAGCCCUAAUUGAUUUAGGGUCAAGCAUUAAUUUGAUGUUCUUAUCUGUGCUUGAAAGGAUUGGUGGUCUUAAAAUGAAGCCUACUAAGGUUAGUUUGCAAUUGGUGGAUGGAUAUACCAAAGAGCCUUAUGGUGUAGCGGAGGAUGUUGUGGUUUGCAUAGACAAACUUAGAUUCUUGGUUGACUUUGUGGUAAUGGAAAUGGAGGAAGACUUAUAG